AUUGGUGUGCUAUUUGUAUAUUGCGUAUCUAAGAACGUGCCGUGGCUAACAUUACAGUGCUUUAUCGUUGAACAGUUCGUGUUAUAUUUAACAACUGAUGUGCAGUUGAUGCUAAAAGUUCGUGUUUGGCAUGCCAUCGUGGGCGGCCGUGCAUCAUGUCGAAAGAAAUCUCCGAGGAAUAUGCGUCCAGUUUGGCGGAUCUGACCGUCAACAGCAAGCCAUUGAUAAAUAUGCUCACAAUUCUUGCGGAAGAGAAUAUCGAACACGCUGGGGUUAUCGUUGAAACCGUGGAAAAGCAUUUGGAGAAGGUGCAUCCCGAUAUCAAGUUGCCAGUUCUGUAUUUAGUUGAUUCAAUUAUCAAGAAUGUUGGCGGAGCCUACACACAAAAAUUCUCACAGAGUAUCGUCAACAUGUUUACAAGGACUUUUAAGCAGGUUGAUGAGAAAAUACGGUCACAAAUGUUCAAACUUCGUGAGACUUGGCACGAUGUGUUCCCAGCGACGAAGCUGUACCAGCUAGAUGUCAAGGUCAACCUCAUUGAUCCAGCAUGGCCGAUACAGGCCCAACCCCAGCAAUCAAACAUCCAUGUAAAUCCAAAUUUUCUGAAAAAGCCACCGGCUUCCACACCGGUGUUGACUGACGAAGAACGAACCAUCAUCGCUAAGAAAGAGCAGGAGCUGCUCAUGCUACAAAAGAAAAAGAUUGAGUUGGAAUUGGAGCAGACACGGAAGCAGCUUGAGGUAGCUGAGAAGAAUGCUAAAAAGGUGGUGACAGCAGUCCCUCCUGUGGUGGCCGCAGCGACUGCGCCCGUCGCCCCCGCCGCGACUCCGCUGGUCUCCGUCGCUGCGCCAGAGGUCACGCCUGUACCUGUCAGACAGAGGCUCGGACCGCCAAUAAACAAAACGGGCAGUCGGAUAGCGCCCGAGNCCGCCGCACCGCCCGCCAUCGCCCCGCACGUGUUCGACAUCAAGCCGCUCGACCGCGUCACCAAGCGGAAGAACGUCAUCACCAUCGACGUGCGCUGCCCGGCGCCCGCGCCCCGGCCCUCGCCCCGCCGGGACCCUCGCCUGCACAAGCGCGGGGGCAAGGCGCCGGCGCCCAACGCGGACGGCUACGUCGACGCCUUGCCCGACCCUAAAAAGAUCAGCAAGCUCCCGCCCAUACCAAAGAUAGUCCGGGAGGCGCCCUCCUCGAAUAAAAAGCGGAAAGAUUCCCGCGAGAAAAAGAAAAAGAGGGACGACAGCAAGGAGAGUUCGAGCGGCUCGUCGCCGGACAAGCGGCUGCGCGCCAAGAACGGGAACAAGGCCCAGAAGAAGAAGGAGCCCGACGCGCCCGUGGCCUUCAAGGAGCUCAAGAACUAUGUGAAGGGGCGGUACAUGCGCCGCAACAAGGAGCCCUCCGAGAGCCCGGAGAGGCCCGAGGCCGCCGCAUCAAGUGUGCCCGACGUGGUCGUAGAGAAUAAGGACAUCGAUCUCAGGGUGCUCCCGCCCGCCAGCGAGCCGCCGCCCGCGCCCGUCGCCCUCAAGAGGUCCUCCACUGAAACGCUCGAACCAAAACCUAAAAGGAACAAACUUGACAAAUUUGAUAUUCUCUUCGGCAAUGAAGAUGUUGAUCUCCGGAAGCUGCCACAAGUUGAAGAAAUUCUCCCAGUGGCUCCGCUAUCACCGAAACACAAUGACGAGUCUCAAGAGAGUGGACCCGACAAGGUCGUUUCUCCUCACGACUCUCCCAAACAAAAAGACUGGAAUGAAGUCAAGGAGAAAACUGAAAAGAAGGCUCCAUCCAAGUUAGAUUUAGUGCGAGCCAAGCUUGCAGAGGCCACUAAAGGCAAGGACAGACUGGGCAGACCUUUACUCUUCAGUAAGUCGCCAAGUAUUGAAAGAGAACGGAAGCGUACCUUAAGUUCUGAGGACACUGACCUUAGAAACGAAAAUUCCGACGAGUACGACACCGAAGACCACAAGAAGACAAUUUCCAUCAUAAUGUCGCAAGCCAAGGAGCAGUACAGCGACGGGCAGAUCGACAAGAACCAGUACAACACGCUCGUGUGUCAGGUUCUGCAGUUGAAUGAGAAACUGAAGUUGAAAGAGGCGAAACAGAGAGAGUCUCUCGAAGUUUCUAAAAGGAGACUCAACGCGCACAUACUCGAAGAUAGCUUCAAGGUCGCGUCCCCGAAGUCGUCGCCCGGCGAGAACAACUACGGCGACAUCGACGAGCGGGUCCCGCCCACCGCCUACCUCGACGCCCUGCACAACGGCAACGAGCUCAGGCAGGACUCCGACAUGCGCGCCGGACCCGCCGACCAGACCGACGGACACAAGGCCAAGGGGCUGCUACCCAGGCCGCCGAUGAUGCCCAUGUUCGGACCCUUUCCUCCCAUGUGGAGGGGACAGCCUCACCCCCGGAUGGACGAGUACGGCCCCAGGAGGUUCCGAGGGCCGAUGCCAUUCUUUAGGGGGAAAUUCGAUAACAGACUCAUGAGACCGCCCUUCGACCCGCGGAUGACCGUGCCUUUGCCGACCCCGAAGCUUGGUAUCUGUCAAGGGGAGAGCCCGCUCGAGCCCUACGUGAGGAGCGAGUCUCCCCCUCCCCUGGGCGCUCCUGGGUUCGUGAUCCCGCCGACUGACUACCGAAUCUUGGAGUACAUCGAGCAAGAUCCCGUGAAGACCAUACAGAUAGACGGCGUGCCGCGCGAGAUACGGUUCUACGGCGACACGGCGGUCAUCAUGCUGGACUGGGACGACCCCAGGGAGAUCAAGUUCUUGCCUGGCUCGAGACGCGUCACGUUCGACAACAAAGACUCGGUGGUCCUCUCGUUCAACGAAGAGAGCAGACAAAUAGAAAUAGACGACCAAGUGUUCGAUAUAAAGUUCGGGGCUCCCACCCGGGAGCUGUGCAUCAACGGGCGGUGGUACGAGUGCUUCUUCGGAGGCCAGCCCGUGGGCGUGCUCAUCGACGGGCGGCCCCGGCUGGUGCAGCUGGAGGGCCCGCUGCCGCAGGUGGACAUCGGCAAGGCGAAGCGGACGGAGCUGGUGGCCGGCAAGAUCAACCUCAUAGUGAACGCGACGCAGAUGUGCCCCGUGUACCUGGACGCUAAAGUGCAGAAGUUUACAAUAAACGGACAGUUCUUUACUAUCAGAUUUGUUGAUUCUUUGAAAACUGUUUUAAUAAACGAGCAGCCUUUUAAAGUUGAGUUUGGUGAUUUACCCAAGCCCAUAAGUAUAGGGAACGAAAAGUUCUUCAUAAGAUUCUCGGCUUUACCCAGAAACGUAAAGCCGGGCUAUAUACAGAUAGCUAACAUGGAAGGAGUCACGCUGCCCAGUAUGACGGCGGCGCCCGCGGGCCGCAGCGUGCCGCAGCCCAUGGACACCGACCAGGAGCCCGACAGAGCCGUCAAGACUCCUAGCCCGGAUAUCAAUAAUGAAAAUCAAGGUCUAGAAAUGUUGGCCAGCGUGAUGCCUUCGAGCAUAGUGCCGGCGUCCGCGUCCGAAUACAGCGUGGCCGAACCCUUAUUCGGGAAGACCGACAUGAUCCCGGGCCUCGACACUCCGGCCGACGAGAAGCCGAAGCCGACUCUACCGAUCCUCGACAACAUCAACGUUAACGAUUUGUUCGCGAAGCUGGUGGCGACCGGCAUCGUCCAAGUGCAGAACGACAGCGCUAAAGACCUGAAGAUUGAAACUAAAGUCGAGGAGAAGAUAAAACCGAAGGAGGACAAAGACGUCACGCACAAAGUUGAUCUCUUGAAACCGGAGACGCUAAGGAGCAAGCAGGGCGGCGUGGUGCGGCGGCUGUACGGCGGCAUGCAGUGCUCGGGGUGCGGCGCGCGCUUCCCGCCGGAGCACACGGUGCGCUACUCGCAGCACCUCGACUGGCACUUCCGCCAGAACCGACGCGACCGGGACUCCGCCAGGCGCGCGCACAGCCGACACUGGCACUACGACCUCUCCGACUGGCUGCAGUACGAGGAGAUCGACGAGCUCGACGACAGAGAAAAGAAUUGGUUCGAGAGCGCGGGCAGCGAGGGCGGCGAGGCCGGCGGCGCGGGGGCGGCGGGCGCGGGCGCGGGGGGCGCGGAGGAGAGCAGCGCGGCGGGCGCGCGGCCGCGGUGCGCGCUGUGCGGGGACGCCUUCCACAUGUUCUACAACCACGACAAAGACGAGUGGCAGCUGCGGAACUCCGUGCGCCACCACGACGACAACUACCACCCCUCCUGCUUUGAGGACUACAAGGCCUCUCUGGCUAAAGAAGAAGAGAAAGAGAAAGUUGAAGAAACCGCCCCAGAAAAACUAGAAGAAGACAACGAACCGAUAGAGAUCAAGGACUUUGAUGACACGCUCGACCAGUCCGACAACGAGUCGGUAGUAGAAGUCAUUGAACCCCCCGUCGAGAUACCAGAGCCUCUAUUGAUUGACGAAGGAGAUGAAGACGAUGUGGUGCUGAAGGCCGAGCCGAUAGUGCAAGUGGAGGUGCAGGACGACGACGACACGGACGACGAGACGGUCGCGCACCGCGCCGAGCGGGACAGGCUCGCCCGCAUCGACUUCUCCAACGUCAAGGUCAAGCAGGAGCCCCUCGACCCAGAUGAUGAACCGAUAAUAACGGCUGAAGAAGAAUCAAUUCCAGCACCUUCUGUUGACAUGAUCCAACCCACCGUCCACACAUCAAUUGAUGGAAAUGUUCAACUGGAAGCACCCGCAGUGGCUCACGCUAUCCCCCUGAACACAAUUCGCAUCAACAUCUCUAAAUCUUUGCCGUUAACUCAGCUCCCAGUUUCAAACAAUGGCCUCGAAGACAUCAGUGCUGAUGAUGAGCCUCUACCUCCUGGUGAGGAGGUGGAGUUGGAAUAUACUUUGAAACCAACCUUGGAAGGCAUUAAGUUCAGCAGACAACCCCCAGUCCAGAAAGGCAAUGAGCUAUCAGGACUCUGCUCCAUAAUGUGAAUUAAGAAUUCGUUGUGAUUCAGUGUGGUACAUAUUUUGAAGUGCUAAUGUGUUUAGUGUUCUAAAUAAUAGAAGGAAGCAGAAUUUUAAAAUCAACAAGUUUUGAUAUGUGAUUUUAAAAAUAGAGACUAAUGUUUCAGUGAAUAUUAUACACGUAUUUUACGAUACGUAAAUGAUUAUAAUUUAGUUUAUUUUAAUUUAAGAAGGAAGUUAGUUAUUUCGAUUCGAGUAGGUUCAAUAUCUAUAAUUCAGGUAUUGUAAAUAAUUAGUACUCGAUUUUUGUACGUUAAUACGUAUGUCGUAUUGUUAUGUACUUAUUAUAUAUUUGCUUAAUUUAUAAUGUGUGAGUGCCUAAGCAAAAUAAUUUUAUAGUAUAAUAAUUACAAGUCAAAUUAAUAGUAAACAUACUAAUUUAAUAUUAAGGGAGAUUCUCUGCAGAAAUGAUUGCUCAAUAAUAAAAUAAAUCUUGUUUUUGUAAAUUAUCACAUUAGAAUUAUUAGUCUUAUUAAUCAAUUCUGAUAACUGAAAUAAUCGGUUUCUUUGCUUUGGUAGAUAUUGUUUAAAAAAAUAAUCAUAAACCGAAGCAUUCAAUUCGCCUAGAUUUAGUGUGACUAGUUUGCCAAUCAGUAUUCCUUUCUUUUAUUUUACGAAUACAAUUUCGUUAGUUUUAUUAACCUCGGAACUUAUUUUAUUGCGGGUUUAUGAUUGUACACAACUCUUGAAGUUUAAUGAGUAGUGUAGUCCAUAGUUUGCGUUUAUGAGUUGAGUAGUAGUAUUUAUUUCUUUUACUCCUCCACUUAUCUUCUGCUUACUUACUCAGUUCAUUGCUUGCAAGAUUAAGUGGUUUACUUGAGUCCAAACAUCACAAUGUAAAUACAAUAUUAAACCAGAUAGAAGUCUCAAUUCCAAUGAAUAAAGUAAUGCACAACACAGAGUUCGAGAAAUGCGAAUUGUAAAAACACUAAAUUAGGAUCAAUAAUAAUUUUUACAUUAAGAUAAUUACCUCAAUAAUUUAAGUUUGCAUUGUGAACUGAUUGGAUACCUUUUUGUCCUACAUGAAGUUAUUAGUUGUUCUUCUACAAGUUUUUAUUUCCCCACCUAAUGAUUGCUAUACAACUGCUUCAAACCGAAAGCCUUGCUGCUUCGCGGCAGUAGACAAAACUCACAAACCUACCCGCGCGAGCUAACAAAGACGCGCUACCAUAAGUAAAAACUUACUGUUCUGUAACUAAGGAAAUUUGAUUAUGUAAUGCUCCUGAGUAUGCCUCUGUAUAUAUGAGAAACGAAUGUAAUCAUUGUCGAAUGUAAAAGUCGAUAUUGAAAGAUUUAUUCUAAAACGUAUUUGUUUUCUUAUCAACUAAAAUUAAAACAAAAUGUGAUAUUAUAAUUAAGUUUAUUUAGCAUUUUAAUGUUUAAUUUGUUCACGGUUCGUGUAGUUUUUGUAUAUUUAGGUAAAUAUUGUACAUAUACAAUUUGUAAAUAAUUAGUACUUUGUAAAAUUUUAAUCAAUUUGUUUGGGUAAAGCUACAUAAAGCACUUUUCUGUGCGAUCUUCUGAAUCUCUAGUUUAUUGUAAAAUUCCAUUAUUAAUAAAAUUUUUAGAACUAAUCAGUAAAAAUAUGAAUUUUCUUUUUUCCUUUUAUAAGUAAGCAUGAUUUAUUUGUCACUUUUGGUUUGUUUUGGUUUAUUCUUAUUAAAUAAAGGUUGUAAUGAUUCAUUUUCGUUUUCAUUUAUUACCUUAAAUAAGAAACCUUGUCUAUUACUAUCUUCUCAGUUUGUGUUCACCUUUACCAAAUUGAAAUAUAUGUUACGGGUAAUAUCUGGCAUUGGCAAUGAUAUUUAUUUAUUUUAUAUACCUUUUUUUUUUAUUGCUUAGAUGGGUGGACGAGCUCACAGCCCACCUGAUGUUAAGUGGUUACUGGAGCCCA